GGAAAAACACACCCUCGGAAACAGGGUACCCACGUAUCCUGGAAUUUUAGACUUCAAAACUCUGACACCAACUCCACAAACCAAGCCUUGGCUUAGAUCCCAUGAAACUAGCCAUUGACAUGAAGCCACGAUGCUGCGUAGCGUGCAACAUUGUCGAAAGCAACCUCUUGCUAUUCUGGCUGACUAACCAACUUUAACUUCCUUGUUUGUUCCAAUCAAAGUAUUUUAAAGAGUUUGGGUUCUUUGACUUAUCUGUUGAUUUUAGUAUAUUCAACGUUAUGAUUGUCAUUAAUUAAUUAAAAUAAAUAUCUUGCUUGAUUUGAAUAUUCUCUUUUGGGGUAAUUCCUGACGAGUCCCUGAAUGGCCUUUUUGUUUCAACGAGGCAAGUGGGUGGUGGUCCAGAUCCGCCAUAGAAGCUGGAAACACAGUUUUCCAGGAUUUUAGCGGGUUGUCUUCAUUGUUUUAUGGGCUCAAAUCGAAGCCAUUCAAGAUUUUCUGCUGCCCUCCGACCGAAGCCUUUGUUUCAGAAAAAUCUUCAAGCCAUGAAAGCAAGAAGGGUUGUCGGUGUUUCUCUUUCUCUCCUCCUCAUCAACUUGGCUGCCAUUAUGGAGCGUGCUGAUGAAAAUCUCCUUCCAUCUGUAUACAAAGAAGUUAGUGAAGCUUUCAAUGCUGGGCCAUCUGAUCUUGGGUAUCUCACCUUCAUAAGGAAUUUUGUGCAGGGAUUGGCAUCUCCCUUGGCAGGUGUACUUGUAAUUAACUAUGACCGCCCUACAGUUCUUGCAAUAGGCACUUUGUGCUGGGCAUUAUCAACUGCUGCAGUGGGUGCAAGCCAGCAAUUUCUGCAGGUUGCACUCUGGAGAGCUGUUAAUGGCUUUGGACUGGCAAUUGUAAUACCAGCACUUCAGUCUUUCAUUGCUGAUAGUUACAUGGAUGGUGUGAGAGGGGCUGGAUUUGGGUUGCUAAGCUUUGUUGGUACCUUGGGUGGUAUCGGGGGUGGUGUUGUUGCAACGAUAAUGGCCGGUCAGCAGUUCUGGGGUAUGCCUGGAUGGCGUUGUGCCUUCAUUCUGAUGGCAACUUUAAGUUCAUUGAUUGGGUUCCUUGUGUUCCUAUUUGUCGUUGAUCCAAGGAAAACAGUUGGUGUCAAUCAUGAUGCUGGUAAUAAUUUUGAUAGGGAUGAGUUGAUAGAGAAGGGGAAUGCUGGUGCUUCAUCUGUCUGGUUUGAGUCUUGGAUGGCCACAAAAGCUGUUAUAAAAGUUCCAACAUUUCAGAUAAUCGUCUUGCAGGGAAUUGUUGGUUCACUACCAUGGACUGCCAUGGUAUUCUUUACCAUGUGGUUUGAACUAAUUGGUUUUGAUCAUAAUUCUACAGCAGCACUGCUAAGUCUUUUUGCCAUCGGAUGUGCAAUGGGAUCCUUUCUCGGCGGGUUAAUAGCAGAUAGAAUGUCACAAAUCUACCCUCAUUCUGGCCGUAUCAUGUGUGCGCAGUUCAGCGCCUUCAUGGGCAUCCCAUUCUCAUGGUUCCUUCUGAAAGUGAUCCCACAAUCAGUAAGCAGCUAUUACACCUUCGCUGUCACCCUCUUUCUGAUGGGCUUAACCAUCAGUUGGAAUGCAACGGCUGCAAAUGGUCCAAUGUUUGCCGAAGUUGUCCCUGCUAAACAUCGGACCAUGAUCUAUGCAUUUGAUCGUGCAUUCGAAGGAUCGUUUUCUUCAUUUGCUGCUCCCUUGGUGGGUAUCCUGUCGGAGCAAAUGUUUGGUUAUGAUUCGAAAUCUAUUGAUCCGAUCAAUGGGUCUCCGCGCGAGGCAUUUGCGCUGUCUAGAGGGCUUCUAGCGAUGAUGGUAAUUCCCUUCGGUUUGUGCUCUUUGUUUUACACGCCUCUGUACAAAAUUUUUAGGCGAGACCGUGACAAUGUUAGAUUAGCCAAUUUGAAAGAGGAAGAGAUGAUUUAAGUUUGAGUUUCA